AUGGCAACGAGUUUUGACCGAUGGGAGAAGGAUCCGUUCUUCCCUGCCGCGGAGGAAGUUCAGGAGUCCGCCGACAGGAUGGAGUCCACUUACAGAACAUGGGUUCACGCCAAGAAAGACAGUUCUACUAUGUGGGACGCAGAAGAACUCCGCCGGGAUUUACAUACAACCCUAGGCACCACCAAAUGGCAGCUGGAGGAGUUUGCUAAGGCUGUGAAAUCCAGUUACAUAAAUAGCUCCACCGAUGGUGCUAGUGAAAGGCACCGUCAAUUCAUUAUUGCGAUCGAGCAUCAUAUUUCUAGAGUAGAGGCUUCGCUAAAGGAAUUUGCCAAUUCCUCAGGGGAUGCAUCAUUGCCUUGGGUGACAUUGGAUGAAGGUGAGCGAAAUGAACUUGCUGCAUUUCUCUCAGGGCCAUCAUCAAUGUCCGGAGAAAAUAGUUCUAUGAGAAGUGAUAGGAGUGAUAAGACCGUGGAAGAAGCAGCGCCUGAUGAUUGUUCGAAAGAGGUUAGUCACUCGGUGGAGUGUGAUUACCCAGACGCCAAAGAAGAGAUGUCUUACGGGCACAGGAGGUCAGUUAGUGCAGGUGCUGAUAUGAGCGCUUGGACAAUUCCGAUUGCUGUAGAUGGAGUCCAACAGGAUUCUUUUAAGGCAGAGUCUCAGCAACCUCCAAGGAAGAUACCUAGUCUAUCUGUGAUUGUCAGUUCCAUCGAAGCUAUGCCCAAACUGAAAUGGCCAAAGAAUGGUGUUAGGAAGUGGAAGGCAAUGGAUCGUUACGAAGAAUCUGAUUCUAUUCCAUUGCAUUCAUCACAUUUAACUAGGGGUAUUAAUUCAUGCUACGAGAAAAGCAAGAGCUGUCUGGAGGGCUGUGAUGAAUAUUAUGAUAAGCCACUUUAUGGCUGGUAUGGUGCAUUACAGAGACAACUUCAAAGAUCCCAAUAUCAGAUGCAGUAUGGUCGACCCAUUCAAUCAGUUUUGUGGAUUUUCAUUCUCUUCUGCUUUAUUGGUUUGAUUGCAUUAUGUGCGCUAUAA